CAAUGUCGUCUGACCGAUGAAUGGAAUGGGAGAAAAGAUGGACGCCUUGACGUUGGGUUCGCACAGACUAGUCCACCUUGACUUGAAGGGCGCACCGCCGCGGACCUGCUACUUCGAAAAGCUCUUUCCAUUGUUGCGAACAUGGGGAGCUACUGGACUAUUAUUGGAAUGGGAAGACACAUUUCCUUACAACCGAGAACUCUCUCCAAUAGGAAGCAAUGGUCCGAGCACCUUAGCGAGUGGAUACACAGUUCAGGAGGCUAGACAUAUCCUGCAGAUUGCAGGUGAUUGCGGUUUAGCAGUUGUUCCGUUGGUACAGACUUUUGGUCACAUGGAGUUUAUUUUGAAACAUGACGAAUGGAGAUCAUUGCGCGAAGUGGAGCCUUUUCCAAGUUCUAUUUGCCCAUCAAAUCCGAGAACUCUUCUAGUGGUGAAGUCGUUGAUACGUCAGAUUGUUAGCUUUCAUCCUGACAUACAGUAUCUGCAUAUAGGAUCUGAUGAAGUAUGGCAUCUAGGCCUUUGCUCAGUCUGCACCAAACGAGCUGCAGCUAGCAAAUAUGGCAAAUCGUCAUUGUAUCUGGAACAUAUUCUGGUGAUAGCCCAAUACAUUCAAGAAACCUAUCCAUAUCUAAAGAUCAUCAUCUGGGAUGACAUGCUGAGGUCGAUAGACUUACAGGUUUUGAACGAACAUUACAUCGGCAAAUAUGUGGAACCCAUGGUGUGGCAUUACAAUCCCAGGGACAAUUUUUCUUUACCCGAUGAUUAUGACUGUUAUAUCAAAUUAUUAGGAUUGUGGGAUAAGUACAGCACGGUCUUUCCCAAUAUUUGGACAGCAACCGCAUUCAAAGGAGCUACUGGCUCUGCACAACAUAUACCUAUAAUACGACAUCACAUAAGCAAUCAUGAAAAAUGGUUGGAAGAACUGGGAGUUCAUGUGAGUAAGGUGCAUGAAUUUCGUGGUACAGCAUUCACCGGCUGGUCAAGAUAUGAUCAUUAUGCUACGCUGUGUGAAUUAUUGCCCACGGCAAUACCAUCAUUAGCUCUAUGUUUGAAAGUUUGGCUCUACGGUUAUUCGGAACAAACGCACACCCAGGUUGCAAAGAGCUUGGGAUAUAUUGAUCAUCCGUUGCAUAUAACUCCACAGCUUAGACCAGUCCCGAUUCCUAGCAAUUUGCUUUUUCCCGGAUGGCAAGUAGCUGUGGGCAUGGAAUGGUUUCUUAACUUCAAGACCAAAUUUCACAAUAUUGUCACCAGCGAUCAGAUCAUGACGUGGAUGAAUUCAUGGCAAGUGGCAAAUAAUUAUACAAAUCCCAUGCAACUGGAGAACUUGGUACCUGCUUUUACGGAAUUAUUAUUGGAAUUAUCUUCUUUGGAAGGUUAUCUAAGAGUUCAAAUGGAAGCAAUUUUCUUUUCGUCGAUGAUUGAAGAAUGGGUAGGCACCAAUAUUCAGCCGAUGAAAAUAAAAUUAAUAGAACUAAAACAGACCACGGAGAAUCAGUUAAAAAUAAAUAGUCGUGUGUAAUAAUUCUUUCACUUGAAAAAUUGGCGAUCAAUCCCAAAUGUAUAACAAUAUGAUUU